ACGAAGUGAGGGAGGAAAUGCCAUGCCCACUUAAAACUCUCUAUCUCUUUCUCUCUCAUCUCCGGCAUCAAACGACCACGUUUUACUCCUUUCCCCUUCGUCUCCGGCGAUACUGAAUUGCGUAGCGGAGAUUUUUCCCGAUGCUUUCCAUUUAUGGAGGUUUUAGCUAUUUCAAUCACUGAGAAAAAUCUGUGAUUUUUUGGUUGAAAAUUGGAUUUGUUUGAAAUUUUUUUGGUUUUAAAUUGAAAUAAUUCGAGGUAAUUUGGUAUGGAGAGAGGAGAAAUGGCGGCGAUGACAGCGGCAACGACGUCAUCUUUAUCAGAAUUUGCUCCGAGGAAGUUAGCUCGGCAAUUGGAUUUUACGCCGGUUUUAUCAGCUCCGGUUCAGAAAUCACCGGCUCAACAGUUAUCGGUUCAUCAAUUACCAGUUCAGGCGGUUCAGCGAGCAGUACAUCCCGCACCAAGGCCAGCAUUGGCGGUGACAGUCAAGCCAGAGCCUCCAAGUUCUCAGCCACCAGCUACUGUUGCUGAUGGCAAAGAUGGCACUCCAAAGAAGCAAAAGCAAUGUAAUUGCAAAAAUUCUAGGUGUUUGAAACUGUACUGCGAAUGCUUUGCCUCUGGGACUUAUUGUGAUGGAUGCAACUGCAUAAAUUGUCACAAUAGUAUGGAUCAUGAGGCUGCAAGGCAAGAAGCUAUUGUAGCAACCCUGGAGCGCAACCCUAAUGCAUUCAGACCUAAGAUUGCAAAUAGCCCACAUGGAUCCCGGAUAAGUAAGCCAGAAACAGGGCCAGCACAGCUGUUAGGAAAACAUAAUAAGGGAUGCAAUUGUAAAAAAUCAGGGUGCCUCAAGAAAUACUGCGAGUGCUUCCAAGCAAAUAUUCUUUGUUCCGACAACUGUAAAUGCAUUGAUUGCAAGAAUUUUGAGGGAAGCGAGGAGAGACAAGCUCUCUUCCAUGGUAACAGCUACAAUUCUAUGGUAUACCAAGCGGCAAAUGCAGCAAUCAAUGGCGCUAUUGGGUCCUCUGGCUAUGGGAACCUUCCAGGAUCAAGAAAGAGGAGAAGCCAGGACCCCUUUAUUGGCAUGUACAAUAAUCAGCCUUUUUAUCAUAAUGGACAUUAUAUGCAGCAAAAUCAUGUGAAAUCUACCACUUCAUCUCUUCCAUCUGAGCCUGCCUCACGUACGGCUAGUUCUCAAGCUGCCUCAAAAAUCACGUACAGGUCUCCACUAGCUGGGGUUAUUCAACCACAGGACGUGAAAGAGCUUUGUUCUCUUUUGGUGAUAGUUUCAAAGGAGGCAGCACAGACUUUUGUAGAUAAAAACAGCAACAUAGACAAUCAAGAGAGGGAUGAAGCUAAUACUUAUGGUUGUAUUGAAAUAAAAGAGAAGGUGAAUGAUCAAAAAGAGUCUCAAACUGAGAAAGGUGCUCUGCAGAACGAGUCAACAGAUGAGCAAGCCGUUAGAGUUUGUACAGACAAUUCUGGGUUGGAUGAAAGUGAUGCGCUAAAUGGAAGGCCAACAUCUCCUGGAACAAUGGCACUGAUGUGUUAUGAACAGGAAACUGUACUGAUGGAGGAGGGUUCAACAGGACCAACUGCCAAUAGCCAAAACAUAACUCCUGAGAGGGCUGAGACAUCCAGUGGGCAGAAGGCCACAAGUAGUUUUGUGGAACAAGAAAGGGUGGUGUUGACCAAUUUCCGUGAUUUUCUCAACCGGCUGAUAACUUGUGGUAGCAUCAAAGAAACAAUUUGUUCUUCCCUAGUGAAAAAUGAAGCAGGAAGUCAAGGACCAUCCUUAAAGACUGAUGCUCUAAAUGAUAUGCCUCUCAGUAAUGGCACUGUAAAACCAUUUGUUCCGAUUGCUAACCAUGCAUCAGCCACAACAACAGGUGGAGUUGCUUUUAGUUCCGUUAAUGCUUUUGCGCAGCAUAACCGGCUUCCUAUGGAAAAUGGCGUUUUAAAACCUAAGAUUGAGAAAGCUGUUUAGUUCUUCUAGGCCAAAAUGGCAAAAUAGAUCCCAAAAGUUUCCAGGGAUGCUCUCCAGAUCAAGGGAUGAGCAACUGAUGAUUAGAUAAGAUUUGAUUCAAGAGUGCCCUUUGUUAAUAACUGUUGAUUGUUGGUAAUAAAAUCAGUUCCACUGAUCCCAAA